GACGAAUCGCGGCGAAUGCGGCAAGAAUUUGGCAGAAACGGCAGUUCCCUGGCGACGUUCACAGAACGUUGUCGUAUAACGGGAGCCGGUGGCAGAGGAGGAGCGUCUACAUAUAGAGGUGGCCACGGCUCGCGAACCGAUUCAGUCUCGCCGAAGCCACGCGACAUCCGAGCAACACCUCUCCAGCGACCGACACCGCGGGAUCCAUCGUGCGAAAAUCGAUACGCGAGUUCACCUGUGAUCUCCUUCAGCGGCAGGAACAGUUUAGCAACGGAACACCAUCGUGGACAGGCGGACUCGUUCGACGCCGAUAAAUCAACCAGCGAUAUGGAGCAAGGUGGCGUCUCGAUAAUAACGCCGACCGUGAUCACGGAAAAUUCUGUGGGGAAAUCGAAGAGCAUCGGGAUCACGUUCAGCUCCAGGCCCAGCUUGCAGGCUGCCAAAGAGAAGCUCAAAACACCGUGGCUGAGCAACCUGAUGAAAGAAGAUACAACUGGCUGCGAGACGCUAAUGUCCGCCAUCGCGGAGCUAGUGGGGACCGCCAUUCUGGUGUUCAUCGGGUGCACCGGGUGCAUAGGGAGCUUAGGUGUUCUGCCCAGUGUCCUGCAGCUCUCGUUGACCUUCGGGCUCGCUGUGCUGAUCGCGAUACAGUGCGUCGGGCACAUCAGUGGCGCUCACAUUAAUCCUUGCAUCUCAGUGGCGGCUAUGAUCUUGGGUACCAAGUCCCUGCCUAUGACAGUGGUCUACAUUGUGUCGCAGUGUAUUGGGGCACUUGUCGGAUACGGCCUGCUCAGGCUGAUCACCCCAGUGGAACUGGUCUUUGCCACCACGCCGGAGACAGCGUCCAACUUCUGCACGACACAGGUUAACGACAAGCUGAGCACGGUUCAGGGGUUCAUCGCGGAAGCUCUGGCCACGGGAAUCUUGGUCCUUUUCGCCUGUGGCCUAUGGGACCACAGGAACACCAAGAACUCGGACUCAGCGCCCAUUAGGUUCGGCCUUUGCGUGGCUGUGCUCUGCAUCGUCUUCAUCCCCUAUACUGGGUGCAGUUUGAACCCUGCCAGGACACUGGGUCCAGCUGUUUGGAACGGGAACUGGAACAAGCAUUGGGUCUACUGGCUGGGACCGAUGUUUGGGACCUUAGUUGCGUCGCUGAUGUACCGGUGUUUGUUCUUCGACAAGAGGACGGAGUUCGGGGCCAAUGGGAAUCUUAGGGGAGUGGAGACGUAGAGGGAUUCAGUGAGGGCCGAUGCAUUCCAGUGGUCCACAAAUCGGUCGAGAAAUCCUAAUCGCGUGCGCGCAUUCUCGGUACGGAGGAACCGGAAGCGGAGCUGGCUCUCCGGUGGGAAUAUCUUCCUGGAUCCCUGGUGGAAGACUAGGAACAUGCGCGAGCAGGACUUCUCGGUCACAGACUGAUUUGUUUAAUGUACAAAGUAUUCCAUUUAUAGUUGAUGAUUUCAAUCAGCUUGCCUGUGAACUCGUUAGAAACAUCGCAUGGGCGGAGCCUUGUCCCACGUGACCCUCUCAUCUCGCGACUUCAACGUUCAAUAUCUCGAGAGCGAAUCGAUCUAUCAACGCGACAUUCACUGUAAACGAUAGCUCUCGACGGAGAUAUUUAUAUAUUAAAAAUUUUAAUUAUUAAAUUAUUCUAAACGCAGCAUUGUACAAAUUAUGGGCGUGGUCUACAACACUCUCACCUCCCAAAUUCGAUAUCCAAUGUUUCAAACACUGUUUCACUCAUCAAUACAAUAUCCCUCAAACACGUCAAUAAAAAACAAGAACAGAAAAUUAAAAAGGCGACUACAAAAUCAUUCGCUUUCGUUCGAAACCACGCCCACAUUGUUUCCAAACCAAUACACUAGCGUUUAAAACCCAGAGGGGCGGGGUCUAGCGGAAGAAAUUUGUUAGGGGCGUGUCUCCGCUCGUCGUCGCCGGUUUUUAACGAACCGCGAGCUCGUUGCUCGUUAGCCUGCUCGUCUUUUCCGGUAGACAACGGCGAUCUCGCCGCGUUCCGCGUGGAAAUUUCGAAAUAACGGAAUUAGAGGCGCGUCCCGGAAAUUACCAGCGGCGGUGUCGUUCGCGGAAACUUUUAAUUGUGGCCCGGCUGCGCCCGUGCUCUCGUUGUUGCAGUUACGUCGACCUCUUGUUCCAGCUUUUCGAAUGAUAAUCGCGCUCGCGAGCGACGAGUUCCCGAGGCAAGCUCCGAGGUAGGAGUGAAAAUAAAUUUGAUACGU